GGUGUUAUUUAUGUUAUUUAUUUGUUUUGUGUACUUGAGGCCGACAACAACAUCAGCGCUACUUACUUCCCUUGCCAACAUGGCGGCAACCAUCGCGAAAUAUGCGCUGACUUCGCGCACCUGCACAGUGUGUAAAAGGCUUCAUCGAUCACAGUUUCACACAAAUAGCAAGCUGAAAAAUGUCGUCAGUACUGAUUGUAUAUCCACGUUGCCAAGAAAAUCAGAGUGGAAAAGCGUUGUAGGCCUGGAGAUCCAUGCACAGAUUGCCACAAAAAGCAAGCUGUUUUCAGGUGCAUCAACUCAGUAUGGAGCUCCUGUUAACUCACAAGUUUCUAAUUUUGAUGCGGCGCUUCCAGGCACUCUUCCUGUGCUGAACAGGAAGUGUGUGGAAGCAGGUGUAUUGACUGCCUUGGCUCUUGGCUGCACAGUCAAUCCCAUUUCUAGAUUUGACAGGAAACAUUACUUCUAUGCAGAUCUUCCUGCUGGAUACCAGAUCACUCAGCAGCGGCAGCCGCUUGCCCAGAAUGGACGUGUUGACUAUCCUCAUCACAUUAAAGGAGCUGGACAUAAUUCUGUCAUGGAGUUGAGAUCAUGUCAGAUCCUGCAACUGCAGCUGGAACAAGACAGUGGGAAGUCACUUCACAAUCACUGUGACAAUAUCAGUCUCAUUGACCUCAACAGGGCAGGAGUGGGAUUGAUGGAGCUGGUGACAGAACCUGAUUUGAGGGACGGGGAAGACGCUGCAAGCUUUGUUCAAGAACUGCAGUUUAUUCUGUGUGAAAUUGGCACCUGUGAUGGCCGUAUGCAAGAAGGAUCAUUGAGAGUAGAUGCAAAUAUUUCUGUGCACAAGCCAGGCCAACCGUUUGGGGUUCGAACUGAAGUGAAGAACAUAAACUCUAUAAGAAAUGUCAGUAAAGCUAUAGACUUUGAAAUUCAGAGACAGAUUGAAAUACUAGAGGCUGGGGGUAAAAUUGAAAAUGAAACUCGCUCGUUUGAUGCUCAAAUAAGUAAAACAGUUUCUAUGAGGGAUAAGGAAAAGGUGCUAGACUAUCGCUUUAUGCCAGAACCCAAUCUGCCACCACUUUGCUUGUAUAAAAGGGAGAGUGUUCCCCUAGGCACAGACCUAGACUCUGUAGUUAUUGUUGAAGAUGUGCAGGCAUGCUUGAAGGAACUACCAGGGGAGACAAGAAAGCGAAUCACAGAAAUAUAUGACAUUCCUUUAGGAGCAGCAUCUGCACUUGUGAGAGAGGACGGCCUGGUGCAUUUAUUUGAAUCACUGAUGAAGAAACCAUCAAGAGAUAAGGAGGCUGUUAUCAACGUUUUGCUAAAUGCAUUUGUGGGUCUGCUUCGCGCACAGAACUGUAAAGCUUCUGAAUGUCCCAUCCCUUUGGAAUCGUUAGGAGAAAUAUGUGAUCUGGUUGCUUCAAAGGACAUUUCUAGGGCUGUCCUGCAAAAGCUGCUGGUAGUCCUGUUCAAAAGUCCACAGCUGGGAGUGACAGAGAUUUUAGACAGAGAACAUUGGCAUAUAAUUAAGGACAGAAGCAUUAUUGAGAAGACUAUCACUGAGAUUUUGGACACAAAUCGAGCAUUGUUGAAGAAGGUGCUAAAACGAAGAGAUGAAAGUUCUAAUGCUAUCAUUGGUCCAGUACAGAAGAAACUAGGCGGGCUGGCAGAUUUGCAGACUAUUGUUGAAGUUCUUCAGGACAUUUUGGAUAAACGUGGCAGAACUUGAGACUACUUUUGUAUGCAGUCUGGUAUUGAAUGGAAACAUGAGUAAUAAUUGACUAAUUACAAAAUAUUUAUUUUGAUCUUGGUAUGAUAUGGUGAAAUCGAUAUUGCGAAGCAGUUUGCAUUGGUCUGUUGUGCACAAGAACUCUGUAGCUUAUGAAUCUGAGUGCUGACAAGAAUAAAAAUACAUUAUAACAUCACAUGCUCAUUUCAGUUUCAAUGCAUCUAGCCAUAAUGGAACAAAUGACAAGAGUGAGAGCAUUUGUUUGUGAGAGAUUGUGUGUGUGCCAGCAUUUUGUGGAAAUUAAACUGCAGUACAUGUUAACA